UCCUAAGAGAUUUAUAAAUUAGCUAUUGCUGAAAAUAGAAGGGAAAAACAAAUUGAGACCCUGCUGUGAUCAUUGUGGCUUUAGGUGUCUUCUGCCCCAUGAUUUCGAUGCAAUGGAGAGAGGACAUAUACAAUUAAUUAAUUAUACCCAUUCCGAAGGAAAUCAUGAAAGCAAAGCUGUCAUUUCAAUAAUUUUAAUUUAAAUCAUCAUAAUGGCAUCGAGAAAGGUGGUGAAUGCAGCAGGAUUAAGCAUCACAUGACACGACAUUACUGGGUAGUGGAGUAGAGAAUGUGAAUUGUCUGUGUAAAAAUCGAAACCCUCACACUGAUUCCUCACUGUGUGACAAUGGGGAACGAAAAAUUUAAUAGAGCUCUGAGAGCUAUGAAGAAUAUUGGACUCAGCAGUAAUACCGUCAGUCCUGUUCUGAAGCGUCUUUUGAAGUUGUAUAACAAUGAAUGGGAGCUUAUAGAAGCCGAAAGUUACAGGGUUCUUGCAGAUGCCAUCUUCGAGAAUGAUGAGGUUGAAGAAGAAGAAGAAGACGAGGAAUUGGAGGUACAAACAAAGAAAUCAAAGACGAAAAGGAAAAAAUGUAACGUUGUGGUGGAUAGCGACAGUGAGAAUGAAGACGAAGGGGAAGUGCAGAACGAGUACGAGUAUGUGCCUCCUCUCACUCGAGCUCGAAGCGUGGUGGUUACCCGUGUGGUUCGCCGUGAGAGAGAACGAGAGUCAGAGCCGGAGCCAAGCGAGGAUAAAUGCAUCGAUGAGGCUUCUCCCUCGAGUAGCAACAGAAAAAGAUGCACUCCCGUAAAAAAGAAAUCUAAAGCAGAGCCUGAGGUGGAGCUCGUGGAUAGCAAGAGAAAAUUGGUUGAUGAUGAGAAGGGUAAGAGAAAAUUGGUUGACGAUGAGAGGGGUAAGAGGAAAUUGUUUGACGAUGAGAGGGAUAAGGAGAAAUUGGGUGACGAUGAGAAGGGCAAGAGAAAAUUGGUUGAUGAUGAGAGGGGUAAGAGAAUUGCAGACGAAGAGCCUAUGUCUCCUGCUAUGCCCCUGGCUCUGCCACCCCCUUCGCCUCCGCCUCCGCCUCCGCCUCCGCCUCCGCCUCCGCCUCCGCCUCCGCCACCGUCGCUGUCGCCGUCUCUUAUUUUGAAAAAGCCUAAGAUGGAGUAUGAAGUGGAAGUAGACCCAAAUAGUGCCAUUACCUGUUUUGGAACCCCCAUUGUUGAAGACAAAAGUAUGAGUACUGAAUGUGAAGGUGAGAGUGAAGCGGGGCUUCCCAAGAGACAGAAUGAGCAUGAGGAUGGGGAGAGCAGGAGCUUUGGCAUCAUCAGUGUGGCUCCAAUAGCCGCCGUGAACAUUGAUUUCGGUACCCAACAAAAUGUACAGUACGUCUGUGAUUCUGAACAACUACAAAGAAAUGAGGAGGAAUCGCAUGAAGUACAUGGUCGUUCAGAGCAGUGUGACGAUGCCCUAGAGGCACUCGCUGAAACAUAUAUGGAAAUGGACAACGAAGAAGAUUUGACUUCAGAAUUUCUCUCAGAAAGACCAGAAACUGGAUUUUCAGUGAUCAAUAACGUUGGAAAUGCACCACAUCUUAAAGAACCUUUUUCACCUUACAAUAGCGACCUUGAAGGAUCAGGUCAUAGUCAUACACAACUUUGUCUAGAAUACAAUAAUGGCAUUGAAAAAUCAGGCCAUAUGCAGCCAUCUCUAGGAUGUCAUAAGGAUUUUGAAAAAUCAGAGCUUGAAACGGCAUGUCUCAAGUGCCUUCAAGCACCAGGAAAUGCACAAACAAACUUUGAUUUAAACACUGGUGUCACAGAAACAGAUAUACCACGGCUACUAAGCACAGACCGGGUCCUCAAAAUGAUUGAAGUCCAAACACAACAAUUAUUCAAAAUUCUUCUACCAAAUUUUCCAGCUACAAAGUUGAUGGAAAUGUUUGGCCAGCAGUUGUUGAAAAGGAAGGAUGGCCAAAUUUGCAUUGAAAACCAUACUCAGGCUGUCUCAGUGGCAACCAAUCAUUUAAUGCCAAAUGACGAAGACAGAGUUUGCAGAAGUCCAAGAACCAUUCAGAAAAGCGGGGAAUCUCCAGUAUCCUUUGAAGAUGAUGAUCAUGCCGAAUCAAAGGAUAAUGCUGCCACGUGCACAACAUUAAUAAGUCUUGAUCGAUGCAGAGUAGAUGAUGAACAAUCCAGACCAAUGCAUGAUCCGAAGGACAUAUCUAGGGGCGAAGAGGUCAUCCCAAUACCAAUUGUGAAUGAGCUAUCCAGUGAGAAUGUCCCCACUCCAUUUCAGUAUAUACAAAGGAGUAUUGUUUAUCAAAAUGCAUAUUUGAAUGUUUCUCUAGCUCGAAUUGGUGAUGAUGAUUGCUGCUCAAACUGCUCUGGCAAUUGCUUGGAAUCUCCUAUAACAUGUGCAUGUGCCAGAGAGACAGGAGGUGAGUAUGCCUACACAAGGGAUGGUACUCUGAAAAAAUACUUCAUUGAGGAUGCAAUGUCUUUACAUAUGAAGCCUAAACAACAUCAAUAUUUUUACUGUAAAGAUUGCCCUACUGAGAGGACAAAGAAUGAGUGUAAACCUGAUCCUUGUAAGGGGCAUUUGAUUAGAAAAUUUAUAAAGGAGUGCUGGAGCAAAUGUGGUUGCAAUAAGCAGUGUGGAAACCGUGUGGUACAGAGAGGAAUUACUUGUAAGUUACAGGUUUUCUUAACUCCAGAAGAGAAGGGAUGGGGUGUUCGCACUCUUGAAGAAAUACCUAGAGGUGCCUUUGUGUGCGAGUAUGUGGGGGAAAUUAUAACAAACACUGAGCUAUACAAUAGAAACAAUGAAAGAAUGUGUGAUGAAAAGCACCACUAUCCAGUGCUCUUGGAUGCAGAUUGGUGCUCUGAAGGUGUCCUUAAGGAUGAAGAGGCUCUUUGCUUGGAUGCCACUCAUUAUGGAAAUGUUGCAAGAUUUAUCAACCAUAGGUGUUAUGAUGCGAACUUAAUGGAAAUUCCAGUUGAAGUGGAGUCCCCAGAUCGUCAUUACUACCAUCUUGCGUUCUUCACUACAAGAAAGGUAGAAGCACUUGAGGAGCUCACAUGGGAUUAUGGAAUCGAUUUUGAAGAUUUGGGGCAUCCUAUUAAAGCAUUUGAAUGCCGUUGUGGAAGUGCAAAGUGCAGAGAUGUGAAGCCAUUAACUCGCCGCAGAAUUUUGCGUCAUUGAGAACAACAGGAUGCAUGAAAACUGUGUGUUUGUACAAUGUCUGUAGGAUUUGGUAGUCAGUAAUAGUAAUAUGUGUGUAAAUUCACUCUGGAAACUUCAAGUUUUUAUUUUGGUGGCACAUGUAGAGCUACAUAACUAUGCUAAACAUGCCUUGAACUUAUCACAUGGUAAUGUGAAUUUUAUUGAUUAGCUAAUAUCUGUUGCAUCUACA